CAGGACAAAGAGGAAGUCUUGACCGAUGCUGUUAUUGACUACGAGAUCUUAAACCAAAAAGAGGAGGAGGCACAUUCCAACAGCACAGAAUCUGUACGCAGCCAAGGAACAGAUCAGGAUUUUGUUCAGGAACCAAUAAGACUUAAUGACAACAGUGAGCCCUCUCUCAACCAGGGCGGAAAAAGAAUAAGUCAGAGUAAUGACACAAAUGUUUUACAGAAUGUCAAGACACCAAAUCCUCAGCUGAGCCCGACAAGAGGUCCACGUGCCACAGAAUUCAAAACGCUAGAAAACGACGCCACUGUUACAGACAGUCUGGGCAUAUCUGGUGCUGUGGGCCAGCAGCAGGCUUACAAAACAAAAGGAAUGACUAACAAAACUCUGCCUCAUCCCAAGGAUACUCCAAACAUGUUAGAAGGUUCUUGUCAAGGGGAUUCAACAGAGGAUGUUGAGCGCAUUGAGAAGAAUGAAACACGGACAGUGUCUGACAGACAAAAUGGGAACAAAGGGUCAAGGGCAAUACAUAAGACGAUUGAAGAUGGAGAAAUGAAGCGAAAAUCUUUGUGGAAGCACUUUUGCCCUGUAAUGGUACAGGGAGAAUCAGAGAAUGCUAAAUUACUUGAAAGAAAGCCAUUCCAGGAUAAAGGAGUUUCAGAGGACAAAGAAGAGCAUUUCAAUGAUUCCCAAACAUCAUGUGAUUAUGAAUGUGACCAGACCCUAAAUAGUGAUAUAAUGAGGAUAAUUUGUGAUGGAGUUUGCAAUGAUAGUACUGAAACUCUUCAACAAGAAGUUUCUGCUGCAGACAGACUUGAAUAUUUGGAUAGAGCUGAUUCUUUGUGCCUGGAGACUGGGACUUCAGAUUCUCUGUCAAUUACUGGACUCUGCUCACAUUCAAACAUUGACAGUGAAAGUCGGCCAUGGCUUUGGAGUUCAAGUAAACAUGAUACUUUAGGUUUCCAAGAGGACAAAAAUAUCAGUUCAGUAUCUCCCAGCAUGGCUGAUAUUUCAAAAUGUAUUUCCCAAAAGCAUAAUGAUGCUUCACAGACUAAUAGUCAUUUUGCAACGAAACCAAAAGAACACUUGAGAAAAGACCAAAGAAGCCAGACUUUCCAUACAUCAUUACCAAUAUUGGGAAGAGAAGAGACUAUAAGCCCUGAAUGCUGUGAAAUUAAAGAUCCCCAAAAUGCAGAUAUAGCUGUAGUCCCAUUGAGAAUUGAGUUGGAUUUUAAACAAGAGGCGUUCUGCUCAUUCGAUCCAGAUUUCAAGCAAAACAAUACUUUGACUGACCCUCCUAAACUUUUAUUUUACACUAAGAAGCAGAAUGAUCACAAAGGGGCAUUCACAGUCACGGAAAAAAACUCAACAGUCAUGUCAUUUGAGAGUUUAGCUCAAUCCAGGGCUAAAAACGUCCCUGUUAGCAAUGCACCACACUCAGCCAAAAAGGGAGUGUUUGGAGAACACACUGCUUAUCAAACAGUUGUUCAGUUUCCAUCCACAGAAAUGAGGAAAGCUGGUGAUAGUCUUGGUCAUGGAGGAAAUACUACUUCACCUUUGCAUGAGUUAUCAGGCCAAAAAGGUAAAAUUCAAAUAACUGUUCCAGACAAACAGACAACAGAGACAGAAGCCAUCUGCUAUGGUCAAAAAGUGCACCUGGGCAAAAGAGUCUGCGAUCCAAAGAUCUAUUACAGUCUGGAUGACACAAAUGCAGAGGCCAAAGUGAAGGAGUCACUGUCUGAUUUUUCCAAAAGUGACUGUUUAGAUCCAUUUGUCGUAAACCAUUUGAAUUCUUUUUCUCACUCAGAUUUGGAUGGUGGUGAUGGCGACACUGCAAGAGGGACACUGACAGCCUCUUUGCAACAGGAAAGAGAGCCUCUCUAUUUCACUGCCGUGAUCACACCACAACUUCAGAUUCAUACAUUUCCUGAUCAAGAGAGAAGGAAGUCAUCUGACGUCUCCCAUUUAUAUGUCCCUUACACUGAGAUGCAGACUAUGAUCCCCGACAUUCUAGCUGCAGACACUCAGAAGACAGAGAAAAAGACUAAAAUCAAAGGACCACCACCACCUGUUCCAAAGAAACCAAAAAAUCCCUUUAUAAAGGCUGUUACUCGUAAAGAAUCUGCUUCUCAUUCCAUUGAUGAGGCAAGUGAAUAUUCAGACCUACUGCUCAACAAUAUUAAAAUGGGCAGAAGGCAGGCAGCACUGGAUAUGUUACCUUAUUGCACAGUCUCUCCAGAGUCCCCAUCCUGCAUGUACAUGUCCAUAGGGUUUGAGCCUGAGGUUGAUAUUCCAAGAAAUUAUUUGGACAUACACGAUGAAAUGGUUGCACCUGACUGCGAUGACAUGACAGGAACUGUUAAUGAUCCUUAUCAUAAAGAACAAAUAGGUUUGGAUAUGUCUCAGCUGAGGCCAUUAUUAGAGAAAAAAGCAAAAAUGAAGGGCCCACCACCACCUGUUCCAAAGAAAACUCGUAAUCCAUUUGCUCAGACUGAUACGGAGAAGAUCUUCUCAGGUAAAGACUUGGUUUUGGCAAAUGUGGAAUGUCCUGUCAAAUAUGUCAAAGAUGACUCUGAAAGCUAUGUGCUGGGCAUUGAGGAUAAAGAAGACUCUCAACCGACCUCAGUCUCAACCAGAUAUCCUCAUGCCUGUAGAAUUCCAAGCAGUGAUUCUUCUACCUCGGAGGAAAAUGAACUGUCCAGAUUCAGGCCUGUCUCCAAACUCAUCAGAGAGAGCAACAAAAUCCAGGGGAAAGUGAUACAUCACAGCAGGACAAACAUAAUGGAAGCCAGGCCAGAUGGAGCUGCUGGAAGCCAGAGCCUAAAAGUAUCACAGAUGAAGAGAGCCUUUGAUGUCCAAACAUCUCCCUAUAUAAUGGGAAGAAGAUCCUCGCCAAAGAAAGAAAUGAUCAGACGAGUGGUACGACAGAGUAAAUUCCGUCAUGUGUUUGGCCAGGCGGUGAAGAAUGACCAGUGCUAUGAUGACAUCAGGGUUUCGCGGGUUACCUGGGACAGUUCCUUUUGUGCAGUAAACCCCAAAUUUGUUGCAAUUAUUGUGGAAGCUAGUGGCGGCGGAGCUUUUCUUGUUCUCCCUCUGCAAAAGACGGGUCGUAUUGACAAGGCCUACCCCACUGUUUGCGGUCACACAGGUCCUGUGCUGGACAUCGACUGGUGCCCACACAAUGAUCACGUCAUUGCCAGCGGCUCUGAAGAUUGUGCAGUAAUGGUGUGGCAGAUCCCUGAGAAUGGCCUCACCUCUCCUCUUUCUGAGCCGGUCGUGGUUUUGGAGGGCCAUUCCAAGAGGGUGGGGAUCGUGACGUGGCAUCCAACAGCCCGCAAUGUUCUGCUAAGUGCAGGAUGUGAUAACCUCAUCAUCAUUUGGAACGUGGGCACAGGAGAAGCCCUGAUCAACCUCGAGGACAUGCAUCCUGAUGUGAUCUUCAGCGUCUGCUGGAGUCGCAACGGCAGCCUCAUUUGUACUGCUUGCAAAGAUAAGAAAGUGCGCGUCAUCGAUCCACGCAAAGGGAAGAUCACUGCAGAGAAGGACAAGGCCCAUGAGGGGGCUCGACCAAUGAGGGCCAUCUUUCUGGCUGAUGGAAACAUCUUCACCACUGGCUUCAGUCGUAUGAGUGAACGGCAGCUGGCCUUAUGGAAUCCAAAAAGCAUGGAGGAUCCAAUAUCUGUGCAUGAAAUGGACACCAGCAAUGGAGUGUUACUUCCAUUCUAUGACCCUGACACCAAUGUUGUGUACCUGUGUGGAAAGGGUGACAGCAGUAUCCGUUACUUCGAGAUCACAGAUGAGGCGCCAUAUGUGCACUACCUCAACACGUUUUCCAGCAAGGAGCCCCAGAGAGGCAUGGGCUACAUGCCUAAAAGAGGCCUAGACGUCAACAAGUGUGAGAUAGCCAGGUUUUAUAAACUUCAUGAGAGAAAGUGUGAGCCAAUUAUCAUGACCGUCCCUAGAAAGUCAGACCUCUUUCAGGAUGACCUGUAUCCCGACACAGCAGGCCCUGACCCUGCACUGGAGGCUGAGGAGUGGUUUGAAGGCAAGAAUGGUGAACCAAUCCUGAUCUCCCUCAAACACGGCUAUGUGCCGGGCAAGAACCGCGACCUCAAAGUAGUCAAGAAAAAUGUGCUGGAUAACAAGACAGCCAAGAAGGUAGAGGAGCCACCUACUCCUCAGAAGCCUGUCGCCUCUCCCCAGAUAACCAGAAAGAAUGAAGUGAAGUUAGAGGAGCUGCUGCGAGAAGUGAAGUCCCUUAGAGAUCUGGUCACACUGCAGGACAGGAGAAUCGCCAAACUGGAAGAGCAGGUGGCUAAAGUGGCGAUCUAAGACACUGGUGGUGAUCUGAGCCAUUGCGUCAGUAUGGAGAGAGUGAGAUUCAGUUGGGCAGGGGGGGGAAGGCGGUGUCAGUCACUGCCAAAGUUCUCAAUUUGACUCGAUCAUUCCGCUUGGUGUUUCUCACAAAGACAACUUCAAGCAACAUUCCAAGAUGGACUUUUACUUUUUGUCAAGUCUCCCCCAAGCAUUCGCAUAGCAAAAAAGGAAUAUAGUGGCGAUGGGCGGUCACUGGUUUUAACUGGUGUUUUACAUUUUGUUAAAAAUUUUCGUACUUUUUUGUUAUUGUAACAAUAUUUCCAGAUGUAUUCUGAUAUUAACCGGUAUGUUACAGAGUGUUGUUGUAUAUACACAUCAGUAUUUUUCUUUCCUUUUAUGUUGUGCUGCCAAAUUUGAGGUGACACAGUUGCCUCUCCUUUUAUUUCUACUUUUGUAUGUUUUUUUUUUUUUUUCCAGUUGUAGGUAGAGUGGCUUAUUGAAAAACAAGGAUUUACCUGUCAUACUAUUCAAAGUGGGACAUCAGCAAAACAAAGGCAGUCAGAACUGUGUUGAUGUGAUUUUUAAGUGAUUGUAAAGGCCAUUGGUACUUUAAGAAACUAAGCAUAAAUAAGGAUAUGAUGUAGUGAAACACAAGAGAUGUUCAUAACCAUUUAAACGUAUGGAGUGCUUACAGUAAACACACACACAGCAAUGAGCUGCUCAUUCAAACAUUGUCCCUUGUGGUCCCUUGUGGUGAUCAUGAUAGCUGGAGUAUUAAAGUGAUAGUUCAACCAAAAUUGAAAAUUCUCUCAUCAUUUACUCACCUUCAUGCCAUCCCAGAUGUAUAUGACUUCCUUUCUUCUACAGAACACAAAUUAUGAUUUUUAGAAGAAUAUUUCAGCUCUGUAGGCCAUGCAAUGCAAGUGAAUGGGUGCCAAAAUUUUGACGCUCAAAAAGCACAUAAAGGGAGCAUAAAAGUAAUCCAUACGACUCCAGUGUUUUAAUCAAUAUCUUCAGAAGUGAUCUGAUAGAUGUGGGUGAGAAACAGAUCAAUAUGUAAGUCCCUUUUGAUAUAAAUUCGUCUUCCUGCCCAGUAGGGGGCAAUAUGCAUGAAGAAUGUGAAUCACCAAAAACACAAGAAGAAGAAAGUGAAAGUGGAGAUUGACUGAGCAGGAGAAUUUAUAGUAAAAAAGGACUUAAAUAUUGACCUGUUUCUCACCCACACCUAUCAUAUCUUAGUCUUAUGGAUUACUUUUAUGCUGACUUAUUUGAUUUUUGGAGUUUCAAAGUUUUGGCACCCAUUCACUUGCAUAUUAUGGACCUAGAGAACUACACACAUUUUCUAAAAAUCUUCAUUUGAGUUCAGCAGCUGAAAGAAAGCAAUACACAUCUUGGAUGGCAUAAGGGAGAGUAAAUGAUGAGAGAAUUUUCAUUUUUGGGUGAACUAUUCCUUUAAGCACACACUGCUUUGUGAUCAACAUACUUCAUGAUAAGGCAUCCGACAACAGGGUUUUUCAAAAUAUACCACAAUAAGUUAAAUAAUAUGUCCAGGAGCAAUAACAUAAUGUUGCAAAAUGAAUGUGAACGUAAAGGUUUGAUAAGCAUCAACAUGUGUUAAUCAUGUAUAGAAUUCAUAAAUCAAAUACCUGCAGUUGUUUCAACUUUAUUGUACUAUAAUUAUGAAAUUACUCUUGCACCUCAGGAAAUUAACCACUUUGAAGUCAAAACAUAGGAUGCUCAAAACUUGCAUUAAGUUUUUGCCCACAGACGUAUUAUCAUCUUAUUUUGAUUAGGAAAUGACAUUUGUUUUGCUGUUUUGAAAUUCAAACAUUAUCCAUGCUCUCUAGUUUUUGUCACCACAUUGUAAUUAUUUAAAAUCAUAUUACAGAAUAUUGGGCUGACAGACACAUGCUUUGAUAUGUGAACUUGGCUUUAAGAGGCAGUGGCUACCUGCGAGCUCUUCUGAUGUACAUGUACCUUAAAUGUAUUGGUGCCUCUGUGUGUGUUACUGGUUUUAGACAGGCCUCCAUGCUGAAGGACAACAUCCAUGAAUCUGAGCACUUAUCUGUGUCCUAAACAGUCUUGUGCAUGCAUUCCAAAUUUCACCAAAAAUAAAAAAAGUUGGCUCUACAAUAAAUCCUUUCAUUUAUA